AAACUUCGUCUCCAUCUCAAUUUCUCCUCCUUUCUUGAGAAGGGAAACAAAUCACCGCCUUCUGCGUUCAAAGAUUGUGCAAAGGUUGGCGCAAGCCUUGACCGGUUUAUUGACAUCAGCUGCCUUUUCAUGUGAACAACAUGCAAGUAUGACCACCGAGCAGCACCCACUGAGAGAAAGCAAGCCUAAAGAUGGGUACCAAGACCAGAAGUUACCAUCCUUGACUGAGGCAGAUUUGAAUAUGACGGAUGCACUUCAAGAUGACGAAUACCGUCAAUAUCUCCCAGCUCUGCUUGGAACCGCACUGCUGGCAAUCGUGGGCAUUGUUCUGGCAUUGUUCUAUAUAUCGGCGUCUACAAUUGCUACUCUAAUCAUCAUCGGCAGCUCCGUUGUUCUGACGCGUCAUGUGUGGCUGUCUCGCAAAAAAUUACGGGACAGAGCCUCUAUUUGGGCUUCUACAAAUGGUAGUUCUACCAGCCCCAAUACAGGCGAACUACCUGCUGUAUAUCACACCUACAUCUUAGGAUCGGGCGGCCACACAGGCGAGAUCUUUGAGUUUGUUAAACGCAGUUUUCGGGGCCACAAGAAUUUGCAUAGACGGUAUAUCAUCACAUCCGGCGAUACACACUCCCCUCAUAUCGUGGCCAGGCUCGAGACUCUCAUUAGAGACACCGCUGGUGAUCAAGCAACUGGCACCUGGGACGUAGUCCGUGUCGCCCGCGCAAGGAAAGUUCACCAGCCAUUGUGGACCGCAUGGUACACAUCCAUAAUCAGUGCACUUUCCAUCGUCAAUGCGCUGGUCAAGGAACCAAAAAUCAGGCCGAAAGAUACUUAUGGAACAGCAUAUCGCUAUCCUCAUGUCAUCGUCACCAAUGGGCCAGGAACUGGCUUCAUCGUGUGUCUUGUGGCUUACAUACUUAAGCUACUAUUCAUUGCUCCCUCAAAUCGAAUGAAGAUGGUAUACAUGGAGACGUGGGCACAUAUCAGUACCCUGAGUCUUACAGGCAAGCUGUUCUACUAUACUGACAUUGCUGACAUGUUUCUUGUUCAGCAUAUGCAGUUGGCAGAUCGAGUACAAAAGCCCUACCUGCAGCUGUUUCAGGCUCCCAAUUUCGCAAAGACCGCGGAGGCAGCAAAGGGUUGAUCUGAAGCUUUGACGGCAACUGG